CCGUCACACACACCGCCAGUCCCGAACGCAUUGAUGACUAGACAAGCUCAGCAAUAGCUCAUCAGAGUCUGAGCCUCCUUAGCGAGCAAGAAGCUUAGCGCAAGUCAUGUCGUCUGCAGCGGUAGCUCAGCCAGCUCUGGGCAAUGGACAGCCGACAUCAAUCACACCAGUCCUGGACGUAUCGGAAUCUCCAAUGCCGAGUUCCAGUGGUGGCGAGAGCUGGCUGCCGUCACUUGUCGAGCUGCUAUCGACUUCUGUCGCUCAGCAGCUCCGACGAGAGCCAACGGCAGAUGCUCGCGACCCCACAUCACUGUCGCCAGUGACAGCGAGGAAGGCGAUCUUGCGACCUACAGAAGUCGCUGCGACUGUACAUGCGCUUCGUGCGCCAACAGCGACACAAUACCUGACACAUUUGCUCGAGCUACCGCUACCCCAACUACUCGGUGAACCCGACAAGCUCAGGCAGCGCUCAGCGAGUCUGGAGACAGAUCUUGCCAGUCUCGCGUAUCGCUCCUAUGCCAACUUUAUCGCGAUACACGAAGCGCAAAAGGGCAUAUCGACUUCAUUCAAUAUGCUGGGCAGCUCACUUACUGGUCUGCUGAGCUCGAUCAGCGCUCUGUCAGACUCAUCGCAGCAAUUCGAGCAGUUUUCUAGACCGAUCAUAAUCGAAAGGGACCGAUACGCGCUCGUACUCGACAAUGUAACUCAAUGUCAGGAAUUGGUCGAGAUACCGAGCAUGGUCAGAACAUGCGUCCGCGGCGGGUGGUGGUCAGAAGCCAUGGAGCUUGCCGAGCGAUGCGAGUCACUCCAAGAGCAGAUGCAGCUGACUCUAGCUUCCCUGCGCGGGCGGCGCGCUUCGCUCAGCGGACCGCAAAUAGAUGCCAAUACUGGCAAAGGUGCGCUAUCUGUCCUGCAGCAAAUAAGAGCUCGCGUGGCCGACGAGAUCCUCAUACUACGCUUGACGCUAUUGCGAGGCUUGUCCGACAAAGACCUCAAGUUGCCGGGCGCACUGAGGAAUGUCAACCUCUUGCGGCGAAUGCGCACGGCGCUCAGCGAGGCAGACACUGUCAGUCUAGACGAAGCCGAGCUCAGAUUGGCACUUGUCAGCUCGCGAUGGACAUGCCUGACAGUCCAGCUGAAAACACUCUCACGGGCUCAGCUGCCUGCAUCACAAGUGGGCAUGGUCAACGGGCAUUCACAUCGUCCAGAGAUGACAGAGGAUCGGUUGCGAUAUAUCAAGAAAUGGAUUGAGAUAUGGCGAGAAGGCGUAGGAGAGACUGUCGGUAUGUACACAGACGUGUUUCUCAUCUCAUCUACACGCUCGAACGAACCGGAUGGUGAUGUUUCGACGGAGCCGUUGGCUGCUUUCUUGCUCAAAUCCGCUUCAAUAUUGUUCGAGAUGCUCGAGUCGGAUCUACAGCACAUUCACUCGGUAUCUGCACUCAGCUCGCUACUCACUCAGCUCUCGUACUGCUCUGCAGCCUUUGCACGCUUCGGUCUGGAUUUCGUCUGGCGAAUCGGUACGCUCGUACAAGAGCGAGUCAAGCUCGUCGUCGUCGAGCGGUGGCAAAGGGCAGUGGAUGACUUUGCGCAGGAGUGCACCGCUCCUGCGCCGAACAGCGCUGGUCUCUUACAAUCUUCGAGAAGCAGUCAGAGUAGGCGAGCGGCAGAACGCAGACUUGCGAAAUGGCUCUUGGCGCCCGAGUCUCGCAAUCGGCUCGCUUCAACGCAGUUGCCUGCCUUGCCAGAUUGGCCCGUCGGACUUGAUGCGAUUGCGAUACCGCCUGCUGCCCUGGGCAAGCACGCAACGAAUGGGCAAAUUACUGCAGCGUCGCAUCAGCCUUCGGUCGAACUGACGCUGUUUCCGCCGCUUGCCAGAUUACUCAAUGGCUUCUUGACGGGCUUCAAUGAGCUCAGAUUGCUACCCGUGGCCGCAUUGCGCGAUAGCCUGGCGAACGAGCUCCAGGAGCAGCUUUUGCGGGCAGUGACGGUGAUGAGCCAAAUCGGGCGACAGACGUUAUCUGUACUGGCCCAUCUGCCCGUCAAUCCUCCCGGAUCGCCAUCGAUAGCGGAAGAAGAUGAUACGAGCGAGGAAACGCUGAGAAGACGAGAGGCGGAAGAAGAUCAGCGAAUCUGCCUACUCGCUCUUGCCACUUUCUCCCGUCUUCUCAUGCCGUUCCUGGACCAAGGCUUCCGUAAAGGCAUCUAUGGCGAGAUGGCGUCGACGUCUUUGAAUGAGCCUAUCGAAUUGGCAAAGGGACGCAUGCAGAUCGAGCGACUCAUCGUCAAAUUGGUGGGCGGCAACCCUGAUGAAUUGUAGUACGCUCAACAGGGUAUUGCAAUUCUCUAGUCGUCUAAUCUGAUCCCUCGUCGUCAUCACCGGGUACAAUCAUGUCAUCGUUGGUGACGAUCAUGCUAUUGUCCAUUGCCAUCUCUUGCUCUGCCUGGUUGAAGCUCGCCCUCAGUCCUUCGUUCUCUGCCUCUUCUGGUUGCG